AUGGCGACAACAACACAGAGAAUGGUUUGUGUCAAAUGUAAGAGAACGAGGAGCCUUGCUACAUGUAAAGGCUGUUCAAAAGAUUUUUGUCUCAAUCAUAUUAAUGAACAUCAUAAUGAAUUAAGUGAAGAAUUAGGUAAAACUGAAGAUCAAUUUAAUGAGUUUAGAAUUGAAAUUGACAAACAAAAGACUGAGCCACAAAAAUACAAUUUAAUGAAACAAAUCGAUGAAUGGGAGCGUGCAUCGAUCGAAAAGAUUCUAAAAGUAGCCAAUGAAGUUCGUCAUGAACUCUCAUCGCGUGUUAUCACAUUUGUCACAGAUGUUGAUUUUAAAUUGAAACAACUGACCGAACAAUUAAUUCAUUAUCGUAAAGAGGAAGAUUUCGCUGAACCAGACAUUCAAUUUUUCAAUGAAAAACUCAAACAAUUAAAAAACAAUCUCAACGAUCUAUCAAAUUUCAAAUUUGAAUUCGAUUCAAGAUUUUUCAUUAACAAAAUUCGUCUUACAACACAAGAAUAUUCACAUGACGAACAUUUUGACAUAAUAUCAGAACAGGGUAUUGAAUAG